AUGGAGCCCGGUCGGGACGAGGAGGCGGGGAGCCCCGAGCGAAAGCCGCCGUGGCAGGCGCUGCCUGUGCUGUCGGAGCAGCAGAGCGAGGCGGUGGAGCUGGUGGCCGCCUACGCCGCGCCCGUGGGCGCCGUGGUGGUAGACCCGGGCUCGGGCCGCGUGCUGGCCACCGGGCACGACUGCAGCAGUGCCACCAGUCCCCUGUUGCACGCCACCAUGGUUUGCGUGGACCUGGUGGCCCAGGGCCAAGGCCGCGGCGCCCACGACCUCACCGCCCACCCCGCUUGCUCCUUUGAGCCGCCUGCUUCCCCCCUGACCGUGAGGCCGGGCGUUGUCCGGAAGCUGGACACCGAAGCCGAGGAUGAUGAGGACGGGCUCCCCUACGUGUGCACCGGCUACGACCUCUACAUCACCCGCGAGCCCUGUGUCAUGUGCGCCAUGGCCCUCGUGCACGCUCGCAUCCGCAGGGUCUUCUAUGGGGCACCCUCGCCCGACGGUGCACUGGGCACGCGCUUCCGCCUUCACGCACGGCCGGACCUCAACCACCGCUUCCUGGUGUUCCGUGGUGUGCUGGAGGACCAGUGUCACCGGCUGGACCCUGACAUCUAG